AUGCCUUCCUCAUCACUCUUUCUGAGGUCGAGCACCACACUCGUUUCCAUUUUGUCUUUGGCUUCUUUUUCUGUAUCUUCGGUUAUUCCCUCCACUUUCGGAGCUGUUCCCGAGACUUAUUAUGCCCUCGAUUCGGACUACUCCGGUGAUUCUUUCUUUAAUGGUUUCAGGUUCAAUUCAGAUGCCGAUCUCACGCAUGGUUUCGUCACAUACGUUGACAAAGACACCGCUUUCAAGAGUGGCCUCGCUUCCUUGAGCGGUGGCUCGGUCCAACUAAGGGCUGAUGCGAAGAAUAAAUAUGAUGGCUAUGCCGAUUACUGGCUGAAGAAUGGUGUCGGUCGUCCAUCGGUUAGGAUUGAGACCAACAAACAAUGGACUCAUGGUCUCUUCAUCGCCGACAUCAAGCAUGCGCCAACCACCUCAACAACUGAAGGCUGUGGAACCUGGCCAGCAUUUUGGACAUUAGGCGAUGGUGACUGGCCGGACAAUGGUGAAAUUGACAUCUUCGAGGGAGCAAAUAAUCAGGGGUUAUGCCUCUCUGCGCUCCACACUGCCAAAAAAUUCACCGUCAACCAAAGCCCGUCCGAGCAAAGUGGUAAACCAAACGGCAACGACUGUCAAUACUAUGAAGGGCAGGCCAACUCAAAUGGUGCUGGUUGCGCCUCUUUCGAUCAACGCUCUGCCAGUUACGGACCGGAUUUCAAUGCUAUUGGUGGUGGAGUGUACGCUAUGCAGUGGGAAUCGGAUGCCAUCAAGAUCUGGUUUUUCCCAAGAUCAGAGAUUCCCUCCGACAUUUCUUCCGGAAAACCUGAACCUGACACGUGGGGAAUCCCAUCGUCAAUUUUCAAUGGCCCAAAUGCCAACGUUGAUGCCAACUUCAAGAACAACAGAAUCAUCUUCGACAACACAUUCUGCGGUGAUUUUGGUGAUGCCACAUGGAACAAUGGGUGUUCUGCUAUCACGGGUCAACAGAAAUGCUCUGUCUUUGUGGGAAGCAAUCCAUCCGAGUUCUCUGAGACCUACUGGGAUAUCUCCUAUGUCAGAGUUUACCAGACCAAGGAGAAGCCUCAAAUUACCACCACUACAACUACUACAACUACUACUACAACUACCACCACAACUACAACAAGUACCACCACCACAGGAGCCACAACAACAACAACCUCCGCUUAUGUGAGCCCUACGACAACCACGACUUCCUCCGUUGUUGCUAUUCCCACUACAAGCACCACUUCUGCAGUUCAUACGAGCGCAACUCUUCCUCCCGUCAUUACCACAUCGAGUCCUGCUCAGCCAUCGUCAACAACCUCCUCAUAUUCACACCCUGGCUUCCCUGGAACCUCAUCCUCGGUCUCUUCAGCUUCGUCCUCCGAUUCUUCCACUGCAGCAACUUCCUUGGUCUCGUCUUCUUGGACCCACUCCUUCGGUGGACACCCAAGCAGCAGCACCAGCUCUGUUUCAACCACCACCAAGACUGGCUCUCCUGCAGGCACCACCUCGAUCGAUCAACCAUGGCUCGACUGGACUAGCUCGUCCACAACUACAAAACCCGUUAGUCCGGCCACAACCAGCGUUGCUCCGUGGGAGGACUGGACCUCCUCGACCAGCUCAAGCAAAUCUGUUAGCCCUGUGAAGAGCACUUCGACCACCAUUGAUCCGUGGCUGGAUUGGACUUCUUCCACAACCAGCACUACCAAGGCUGCAGUCAAGACUACCAGCGUUGAUCCCAGCUGGAAUGAAUGGGAACAUGCCACAAGCAGCAGCAAGACCACCACCAAGCCGGUCUCCCCUGCUACAAGUACCAGCGCAAGCUCUGCAUAUACCUGGAGCGAUUGGGUUGCCUCAAGCAGCAGCAGCAGUAGCAGCAGCAGUAGCAGUAGCAGUAGCAGCAGCAGCAGCCCUGCGGCACCCACAUCGACCUCUUCAGCAGGCCAUCAAGGAAGCUGGCCAGCUCCCACCCCAACGGUAACCGUCCAGACAACUUACACAGUGGCUCCUGUGGCACCACAAUCCACAGCCGUUGCACCCGUACAAUCCUACACGGGAACGGGCGUGAAGCCAGCAGUUGCUACAUACACCGGCGCUGCAAAUCGUGCCCAGCUUAAUAGCUUCGCAUUAACUGCUGCUGGAAUUGUGGCAGUUGCCGUGUUUGCUUUUUAG